AUGAGUGACAGCGAGGACUUGACCCUUUCGGAGAUCUCGUCCCGAAACGGACAUGGUGCCGUGAAAAAUGAGGAUGAUGAGAUGCCAUUGGCGCAGUUGAAUGGUAGAGCCAAGCAGAAGAAGAGAAAGCUGUCUGAUAAGAGCAAUGGGGCACCAAAAGAGAAGAAAGCCAAAAAGGCAAAGACACCACUGUCUCUGAAAGUGAAAAAGGAGACUCCUCUGGCCCCUGCUACGCCCAAAAAGACUACAAAAACACCAAAGCCAUCGCAAACACCAGGCUCAGAGACUCCCUCAGCUACACCAAAGAAGGAGGGCUCAGAGGAGGCUGACGAAGGAUACAAAUGGUGGGAAGACGAGAAUUUUGGUGAAGGUGAAGAGAGGUGGCAGACUUUGGAGCAUGCUGGUGUUAUCUUUCCUCCUCCGUACGAACCGUUACCUAGCUACGUCAAACUUUACUACAACGGUAAAGCAGUUGACUUGCCUCCUCUUGCAGAGGAAGUGGCGGGUUAUUUCGCUGCUAUGAUUGAAACUGACCAUGCCAAAAACCCGGUUUUCCAGCAGAACUUCUUCAAUGACUUCCUACAAGUGCUCGAAGAGUCUGGUGGUUGCAACGUGGAGAUCAAAGACUUUGAGAAAUGUGAUUUCUCCAAGAUGGCAGCAUUCUUCGAAAAGCAAAGGGAAGAAAAGAAGGCCUUGACCAAGCCUGAGAAGCAGCGCAUCAAGGAGGAGAAGGAAAAGCUUGAAGAACCAUACAAAACAUGUCUCAUGGAUGGCCGCAGAGAAAAUGUCGGCAACUUCAGAGUGGAACCUCCUGGUCUUUUCCGUGGACGUGGUGCUCACCCAAAAACAGGUAAAUUCAAAAGAAGAGUGUUCCCUGAGGACAUCACACUUAACUUGGGCGAAGGUGCUCCAAUCCCACCAGCACCAGAAGGCCACAGCUGGGGCGCUAUUAGACACGACAAGACCGUGGUUUGGUUGGCCAUGUGGCGUGAAAAUAUUUCUGAUACUUUCAAGUACGUCAAAUUGGCUGCAAACUCCUCCAUCAAGGGUAUUUCCGAUAUGAAAAAGUUCGAGACCGCCAGAAAGCUCAAAGACCACAUUCAGCGUAUUAGAGCCGACUACACCAAGAUGUUGAAGGAUCAAUUCAUGCAAAAUAGACAGAUUGCUACCGCCACCUACUUGAUCGAUAUCUUCGCUCUCAGAGCUGGUGGUGAAAAGGGUGAAGACGAAGCAGACACUGUUGGCUGUUGUUCAUUGAGAUACGAGCACGUUACGCUCAAACCACCCAACAAGGUCAUUUUUGACUUCUUGGGUAAGGAUUCCAUCAGAUUCUAUCAGGAAGUGGAAGUGGACCGUCAAGUGUUCAAGAAUCUACGAAUUUUCAAAAAGGAGCCCAAGGGACCAGGAGAUGACAUGUUCGACAGAAUCACACCCACCAUCUUGAACAAGCAUCUACAGAACUACAUGAAGGGUCUCACAGCCAAGGUUUUCCGUACCUACAACGCCUCGAAGGUUAUGCAAGACCAGAUGGACUUGAUCUCGAACGAAGGUACAGUGGCUGAGAAGGUUGUCAAGUACAACGCCGCCAACAGAACCGUGGCUAUCUUGUGUAAUCACCAGCGUACGGUGAGUAAGAACCACGAGGUCGGUGUGAAGCGUAUCAACGAUAAGAUUAAGGAGCUCGAAUGGCAAAAGCUCAGGCUCAAAAAGAUGAUCUUGGAUGUUGACGAGAAGGCAAUCAAGAAGGAACCCAAGUACUUCGAGGAGCUUGACGAUCUUACGAAGGAGGAACAAGGGGUCAUCGUUGAGCGUGUGAUCGAAAGACAAAAGGAUCAGGCGGAGAAGAAGUGGAAUAGAGACAACGAGAAGCGCAAGAUGGAGAAGCAGGAGUUGCUUACCAAGGAAGAUCUCAAGGAAAAGCUUGACAAGAUUGCGGAGACAAGGAAAGAGUACCUCAAUGAGAUCAAAACGGGCAAGGUGGAAGCCACCAAGGGAGCUACAGUGGCCUCGUUGAAGACCAAGAUCGAAACGGUGGAGAAUAGAAUCACCAACACAAGCUACCAGCUCAAAGACAAAGAGGACAACUCGGAGGUUUCUCUUGGCACGUCGAAGUUAAACUAUAUCGACCCAAGAUUGACGGUAGUGUUUGCCAAAAAGUUUGACGUACCCAUCGAGAAACUUUUCACCAAAACACUCCGGGACAAGUUUAACUGGGCCAUUGAGUCUACAGAUGAGAACUGGCGUUUCUGA